AUGUUCCGGCCCGUGCUGGCGACCAUGCUGCUGGGCCCGCCCGUGCUCUCGUGGACCUUCUCCGGGCUGAAUGUGGGGCCCAGGGGGCUCGUGGGGUCUGUCACGGUUGACACGGCUGGGGAGUUUCUGCCGCGCCGCAAGCCACACAACAGGCGCCGGACGGGCAUAGCAUACAUAAGCAACAUGGCAGUGAGGGCAGUGCGCAGGAGAAGGGGCGUGGCGGGCAGGCUACUGGCAGAGGCGGAGGCGCAGGCGAGGCGGUGGGGGUGCAGGGCGGCAGCGCUGCACUGCGACGUGCGCAACGAGGGCGCCCUCCAGCUGUACCUGCAACACGGCUACCGCCUCGUGCGGCCGCCGCUGGGUGCUGUGUGGCCCCAACCCAUGGCCUCUGAAGGCCAGGACCUGCAACUGCUGCUCAAGCGACUGGGGUAG